AGUAUAAGAAGCAGAACACAGAAAAAAGCCCAAUAUUUAAUUCAGAACGCCAUCUCACACCUUGGACACAACCACAGGACCGAAUUAAGAUGAGAACUCACAUUCUGUUCCUUUUCUUAGCUGCUGUUGGGCUUCAACUUGCCAUUUCAGUGUCCGUGGCAUCGGAUCAACACAGUCAAGAUGAGAGCGAUGAAGAGGACAUCAGUGAACUACAGAAAAGAGAUCAGAUGGAAUUUGAUAUGACUGAAACCGAAGAUGAUCAGAGCUACGAGGAUGCAGCUCACCAUGAGGUGGAUCAAGAUGAAUUCUCUGAUGAUGAGGACAAUGAGACCCCACAAGGACCUGAGAACAUGGAAACUGAAUCUGAAGCGGAAUCUGAUGAGGAGGUGGAUGGCAUGAUGGGAAAACAAGCUGAAGUUGACCCUGGUGUUGCUGCAAAUUUAGAUGACGUCACUGAAGAAGAUGACACGGAAGAAGCUGAAGAGGAGUGAAGGCGAAGGACAAGGAAAAGCACAAGGCCCCAGCACCCGCCCUGUUCCGUACCUUUCCACAGGAAGAGCGAUGGACCGUCUCCCUCAGCCGCCUACACCUUUCCCAGUCAAUAAAAACAAUACCGGCCUCUGA